AUGUUCACAGAAAUUCUGUCGUCGUCUAACGACUACCCAUGGAGUUACGAUUAUGACACUUACCAAGGACCCCAGAACUGGGGAUUGCUAUUCAAACCUUGGACUAUGUGUCAUAACGGAAAAAUGCAAUCUCCGAUAGAUAUACCACCUGAACGACUUCUCUUCGAUCCUAAUCUGAAGCCUAUACACAUUGAUAGAAUAAACGUGAUGUCUGAAAUGCUGAACACUGGGCAGAUGCCUCGCAUCCGUAUCGGGAACUCUGCGCGAAGACCUAGUGCAAAUUUGACUGGAGGUCCAUUGCAUGGCUACAAGUAUCGAAUUCAACGAAUCGACAUUCAUGUGGGAAGAGGCGAUUUGAACGGCAGUGAGCAUACCAUAGACGGUCGAAGGUUCCCAAUGGAGCUGCAAAUGCUGGCCUACAACACGGACCUCUACCGUAACUUUUCGGCAGCUUCACGCUCGCCACAUGGUAUCGCCGGUGUGUCGGUAUUGGUCGAUUUUGGAAAGGAGACGAAUGCCGAGUUACUCAAGCUGACUAUUGCUACCGCCAGCAUCCUUUACAAAGCUCAACGCGUGGAGCUGGCCGAUCUGGAACCGUGGCAGUUGCUGCCGCACACCCGAGACAUCGUCACCUACGAGGGAUCAAUGACAUCGCCUGGAUGUCAGGAGACGGUCACAUGGAUUCUUGUCAACCAACCGAUCCAUAUCGCUCGAGACGAUUAUGCUGAAUGGGGCAAAAUGCUGCAGACAGCGCAGAAGACAGAAGAACCGCAGUUUUUAGCGCCGAAUCGAAGAGCCGUGCAGGAGUUUAGCUCACGGCUGAUACGAACGAAUAUUCGACAUUUAAUGAAGGAUAAGAAAGAGUGCAAAGUGCCGAAGAUGUCCUAUCGAAGCAGUAGCGGAUCUCCACCACCUUCUGACCCGAAGCAUCGAUUAAGACACAUUCAUCCGAAAGAAACACACGAAAGUGAUUUUUUGUAG